AUGACCUGUCGUUCUCCCGUGAGGACCGUGCCGCGAUUGCACAUCGAUCCGAGGGCCGGCUUAGCAAAUCAGUCCAGCUCGAACGUUCCAGUUCGCUCUUUCUCCGCUAUUCUCGCCAUCGUCCUGUCUGACGAUGAUGGUGAUGACGCCGAUGAUGAUGGUGACGCUGACGCUGACGCUGACAACGACAACGACAACGACAACGACAGCGACUUCGGUGUUCGGUCCGCUCGGGCUCCUGCCGCUGUAAGGGUCGCGUUGAAGGCCUGGCAAGACACCCAACAGCGGUUGACGACGGCCGUUUCUCUUUUCAUGGAUCACCGCUCGGCGUCAACCCCCUCCGUCCUCGCCCGACCUAUCCCACCGUCUCCAGAUUUCGCUGGCGAUCGUGAAGCAGGCCGUCUGCUCCGACCUCGGAAAGGAAAAGUGCCUCAUCUUCUCCCAGUCCCUCCCCGUACUCGCACUUUCAGGCGCAGCUUCGUGACAGCAUCCUCCGUGUGGCUGGAAGAGGACCCAUGUCUCCCCCAACGCGUCGCGCACACCCUCCCCGGCCAAUUCCUGGUCGAGCUUUAUCAUUCUCGACCCCCCACGCCCUCCACCCCUAGUUUCCACACGGACGACGAAGUCAAGGCCGCACCGUACCGCCUCAUGGAGACGUGGGCAGCCUCCUCCUAG